UUCAGCACAGGGAAGUCACUGGGGCACACCAUUGCAGAGCUGCUUUUCAAACCACCAGAAAAAUGUUAGAGGUGAUGUUUUAAAGAAGAUAAACACCCAGAGAGCUGAUCAAGAAGACAAAAGACAAAGAAGCAACAACUCUGGAGAAGGAAAAGGAUUUGUCUUAUACUUGGGAGAGCUGACUUGAAGAGGAAUAGACCUGGAUGAAUAAUCUAGACGUUACAGUACUUUUUUUUUUUUUUUUGAGAUUUGCAAAUCAACCAAUUUAGAAACUCUGCUAACCAUACAACUUCAUCAAGAUCAUGAAGCUUACUGGGACAAUCUCUAAACUAGAAUACACUAAUGGCAGCAUGGACACUGAAGUCCUAACCAACAUGAUGGUGAUACCAGUGCAAACAAAAACAACAGAUUCAACAGUGUCUGCACCCACCUCGUCACCGCCACAGCCUGAUGGAAGUAGGACUCUCUGCUCCAUAUGUGCCGACAGGGCCACCGGUAAACAUUAUGGUGCGUCCAGCUGUGACGGCUGCAAGGGCUUCUUCAGAAGAAGCAUUCGCAACAACCACACUUACAAUUGUAGGUUCAACAGGCAAUGUAUUGUGGACAAAGAUAAAAGGAACCAGUGUCGUUACUGCAGACUACAAAAGUGUUUCAAAGCUGGAAUGAGAAAAGAAGCUGUUCAGAAUGAGAGAGACUGCAUCAGUAGCCACAGAGCCAAGGGACAGACAGUGGGCACUCUGUCCAUCAGUGUGCUGAUGCAAGCAGAGGCCAGUGUGCACCAGUUUCCAGCGGUGGUCUUACCUAGAAGUCACGACAUCAACACCAAGAAGCCAGCCUGUGUUGAAGACGUGUUUGGGUCCAUGAAGCAGCAACUCCUCCUGCUGGUGAAAUGGGCAAAACACAUCCCUGAGUUUUGUAGUCUCCCAAUAAAUGACAGGGUAGCCCUGUUACGAACCCACUCUGCAGAACAUCUUAUCCUGGGGGCAGCAAGACGCUCUCUACCUUACAACAAUCUCAUUCUUUUAGGUAACAACUUUGUGAUCCCACUGAGAGGUGCAGAGGUAGAGGUUUCCAGAGUGGCUUUCCGAAUCCAAGAGGAGCUGGUCAAACCCCUCAGAGACCUGGACAUCACUGACAAAGAGUUUGCUUGCCUCAGAACCAUUGUCUUCUUUGCCCCAGACUGUCCAGGACUGGAGAGUUCUCAGGUGGUACGCCAUCUGCGUUUUCAGGCCCAUCUGUUGCUAGAAGAAGCAACCUGUGAGCAGCGGGGAAGGUUUGGGGAGCUGCUGUUGGUACUACCUCCCCUGCAGAGUGUGGCCUGGCAGAUGGUGGAGACUCUCCACUUAGCACAGCUGUUAGGGGAAGCUAGAAUGGACAGCCUGCUGCUGGAGAUGCUGCUGGGAGAAGGAGCCAAAGAAGUCCAUGGACAGACUCAAGACCAGCGAAAUGAGCAUAGAGCUUCACCCACUGACUUCAUCUCAGUCACCUCUCACAUUUCCACUUCUCUUCCAAAUGGAUUCCCUGCUGCCCACACAGACUGGCACUGAGGUGUACAGACAUGGUGAUGUCUAAGUGCCCACGGCAUACCAGUGGCACCUGUCCACACCAAGAAACGCUCCCCUUAAGAAGCAACAACACAACCAAGGGCCACAUACAUACUGCACAGAUAUGCAAUUAUGCAUGCACGCACCAUUUUGCAAACAAAAUGGGUUUGUUUUUUUUCUUUACUUUGACCCACAAGAGCAAUUCUGUGGGUCAAAGUCUUAGUCUGUUAAUCAUUUGUCUGAGAUGUGAAAUAAAUAAAAAAUGUUUGCAGGAACGCUCACACCUGCAACAUUCAGCACAUUGCAAUUGCAAGGCCCAAUGUUUAUCAGUAGAGGGAGCUCAAAGCCUGCUCAGAAAUUCAUUCAUUGAUACUGAUGUAAGGUAAGCUUUUCUUUGUAAGUAACAACCUUCACUAAUGUUAUUUUGUGGUCAAAGAUUUGUCAUGUAAAUGUAAAUGGAGAAAUGGUUAUAUUCUCCAUUUACACAUGGGGCCUCUCAAAGAGUCAAUUAAUAAUUUGUAGGAUUUAAGAAAUGUUGGUCAAGAAAUGUUGGUUUAUAGAUUAUAGAUUUAUGUUGCAUUGAUCAGCAUAAGCAGUGAAUGUUCUCUUAGAACAAUUUGAUGAACCCAUGUUAAUAAAGACAAUUAGCACCUGCCA